CAUACGGGACACAGCGAGUCAGCAGCAACAGAGGCGGUAGAGGCAGCUCUACACCGGGGAAUUGUGGGUCAGACAUAUGAAAGAGAAAAUGAAAGCUGAGAACAGGGGAGAAUAACAGGCCUGAAUGAUGCAGCUGAAUUGAAGGUUGAAAUCUGUGUGGGGGAGCAUUUCUGGAUAUUUCUACUCAAACCAGUUGGAAUGUAAUGAAAUCCAAACAGAGGCCCUUUUCAUCACAGCCUGAUUAUCACUGGUGUUAGCAAAUUUUAAAAAACUCUUUUUAGAUUAGGUUGCGAUUAUAAUUUACUAUUCGAUUUUAGAAUAUGUUUCUCCUGAUAUUAGCCCUGUUGCCCUGUUACUCUGUUGUUGGUAUAAGCAGUGAUGACUCGCCACACGUGGCCACAAACGGUCUGCCGUUUCCAUGGAGCAAAGUCAGGCUUCCAAAUUAUAUAAUACCCAUCCACUACCACCUCCUCAUCCACCCGAACCUGACCGCUCUAAACUUCAGCGGGUCUGUGAGGAUUGAGAUCGAUGUGAAGAACAACACCAACUGGGUAGUCCUGCACAGCAAGAACCUUGAAAUCACCACGGCUACAAUUCUGGACGAAAGCGAGGCCCUACAAUCAGACAAACAACUCCCCGUGCUGGAGUACCCAGCGCAUGAACAGAUCGCCAUUUUCUCUCCUAAAAUUUUGAUCAGUGGGGAGAAGUACUUCCUUCACCUUGAGUUUGCUGCCCCGUUAGCUGAUGGUUUUUAUGGCUUCUACAGAAGUACUUACAAAACAAAAAACGGUGAAACAAGGGUGUUGGCAUCGACACACUUUGAACCUACCUCUGCACGGAUGGCUUUCCCAUGCUUUGACGAGCCCAGCUUUAAGGCAAACUACUCCAUUAAAAUAAGGAGGAGACAGACACACAUCGCACUGUCCAACAUGCCCAUUGAGCAAACUGUUCCCCUGGAGGACGGUCUAUUUGAGGACCACUUUGAAGCUAGCGUGCGGAUGAGCACAUACCUGGUGGCAUUUAUUGUCUGUGACUUCAAGUCCGUCUCUGGAAGAACCACAUCUGGAAUAGACGUCUCGAUAUAUGCUGUCCCAGACAAAUGGCACCAGACUCAUUAUGCUCUUGAGGCCGCCGUGAAGAUGCUGGAGUUCUACGAAGAGUAUUUUAACAUCUACUAUCCCCUACCGAAACAGGAUUUGAUCGCCAUCCCAGAUUUCCAGGCCGGAGCCAUGGAGAACUGGGGUCUGACCACCUACAGGGAAACGUCCCUCCUGUUCGAUCCCGACACGUCGUCGGCGUCCGACAAGCUGUGGGUCACCAUGGUGAUCGGACAUGAGCUGGCCCAUCAGUGGUUUGGAAACCUUGUGACAAUGGAGUGGUGGAAUGACAUUUGGCUCAAUGAAGGAUUUGCCCGAUACAUGGAGUUUGUUUCUGUGGAUGCCACCUACCCUGACCUGAGAGUGGAGGACUAUUUGCUUGACACCUGCUUCGCUGCCAUUGGUCGGGAUUCGCUGAACUCCUCCCGACCAAUCUCCAGUGCAGCUGAGAACCCCACACAGAUUAAAGAGAUGUUUGACACUGUGUCCUAUGACAAGGGUGCCUGCAUCCUACACAUGUUGAGACACUUCCUGACGGAUGAUGUGUUCCAGAGCGGCAUUGUCCGGUAUCUGAGGAGGUUCAGCUACAAGAACGCCAAAAACGAAGACCUUUGGGACAGCAUAGCCAACACCUGCAGUGAUGAUGAUUUUACUUCUGGAGAGUUCUGCUACAGCAGUGGCCAAGCAGCCAAGAAUGCAUAUCGCUACGCGGGAGAGCACCUGGACCUGAAAGUGAUGAUGAACACGUGGACCCUGCAGAAGGGCAUUCCCCUGGUCACUGUGGACCGCCAGGGCUCGGUUCUGAAGAUAAGGCAGGAGCGCUUCCUGAAGACCAUGCUUCCCAGCGAUCCGGCUUGGCUUUCCAUGCAGCAGGGCUACCUUUGGCAUGUUCCUUUGACAUACAUGACAAGCAACUCCAAGACUAUUGUGAGACAUCUGCUGGAAACACAAUCUGACACCAUUAAGAUACAAGGAGAUGUUAACUGGGUGAAGUUUAACACCGACAUGAAUGGAUACUACAUUGUCCACUACGAGGGGGACGGAUGGGACACCUUAAUUAACCUCAUGAAGAAGAACCACACAGCUCUGAGUUACAAGGACAGAGCCAACCUUGUUCACAACGCCUUUCAGUUGGUCACGGCAGGAAGGUUACGGCUGAGCAAAGCUCUUGACUUGACCGGCUACCUGAAGUCUGAGACACACAACGUUCCCCUCCUGCAAGGACUGGGUUACCUGGAGACCUUCUACAAGAUGGUGGAAAAAAGGAAUAUCAUUGAUGUCACCCAAAACCUAAAGGCUUACAUCCUGCACUACUUCAAAGCUGUGAUUGACAAGCAGACCUGGAGCGACACAGGAUCUGUAUCUGACAGAAAGCUGCGCUCAGAGGUCUUGUCCCUGGCCUGUGACCUUGGCUACCUUCCUUGUGUCGAAAAGGCAAAGGACCUGUUCAACAGCUGGGUGAAGUCCAACGGCACAAUUAGUCUACCUACCGAUGUAACUGAGACCAUUUAUUCCAUCGGGGCCCAAGAAGAGGAAGGCUGGACUUUCCUCCUGGAAAAAUAUCAAGUUUCCUUCUCUGAGGCGGAGAAAUACAAAAUCCUGGGAGCAUUAACCACCAGCAGAGUUUCUGAUAAACUUUUGAGGCUGCUGAACUUGGGCAUGGAAGGUGAGGUGAUCAAGACACAGGAUCUGUCCUCAUUAAUCUACAGUGUGGCUAGAAAUCCCAAAGGUCACUUUAUGGCUUGGAACUUUGUGAAGAAAAACUGGAAUACACUGGUGGAAAAAUUUCAGCUGGGGUCUUUCUGCAUUAGAAAUAUAAUAAUUGGCACAACUGCACAAUUUUCAUCUAAGGACGAGCUUGAAGGGAUCAAGGAAUUUUUUGAGUCCAUACAAGAGCAAUCAUCCCAACUCCGGGUCACCCAGGUAGCUGUGGAGAAUGUGCAGAAGAACAUUAUGUGGCUGGAACGGAACCUGGAACCCUUGCGGAUGUGGCUACAGAAAAACUUGCCCCGAGGGACGAAUUAGAUUACAGCACUGAUCCGUCCAAUCACAAAUGACAAUGCUGAUGUCAGACUGUAGCCACUCAGUGUGGCAGCCCCUGUGCCAAAUGCCACAUGACCAUUUGCACUAGUAGGUCAGUUCUCUGUGAUUGUUGGGAGGAGCAACAUUUCCCUGCGAAUCUGGGCACAAAGAUUCCCCUUUUCCCUUUCACUUUGCUUUGUUACCUUGCAUAAUUAGAUCCAUAGCCUCUAAAAACAUUUUUUUUUUACUCCAAAACUCAACACCCAUCCCAUCACCCAACCUGGAAAAUCAAUAAUGACAUGUUGGGAAUCACAAGCUAUUGAACUGCAUAUCAGAUGUUCUCUACAUAUCCCUACUGAUCUGUAGGAUAAAACAGGCCCGUUCUCUUGAGUUUGCACUAGCAUUAGCGACAUUAGCAACAUAAAGGUUAUUUGAUACAUUGAAGGUUAUGGAGAUGUUUAAUUAUGAGUUAACUGAUAAACAAGAAUUCUGACACAAAGCUGGUGUUAAAAGAGAAUGUUUUUAUAAUAAGUUAUAAUAAUUAUUAUUGCAAAUAUUUUAAAUGAAUGAGCAGCACUGAACAUGAAUUAUUAUUAUUAUUUUUUGUAAUGGUUUGAUGUUUUUGCAUGAUAUUUCAUGAAAAACGUUUUUCUGGUAAAUACAAUAUGAAUGUG